UAUGACAACAGUUACAGGAAUCCAUGCUUCUAUGAAACUUGUAAAACCAACGAAACAAGAACAAAGUUUCGGUGUAUGCCGUACUUCCAUUUAUUGGGAGUAGAUAAAUGUGGGUCAACGGAUCUGUUCCUUCGUCUGUUGGAACAUCCACAUAUAUUAGGCAAUGAUGGAUCCCUCAACAAAGAGACAAUGUGGUGGUCAUGGAGACGAUAUGGUUUAUGGUUAAGCCGGUACCAACACCCACGUGAAUCCUUCGGCGAUUAUCUGAAUUACUUUGAUGGUGCUGCGGCAAAUAUUUCAAGCAACAAUAAGCUAGUUACAGGUGAUGGGACGCCUAUGGAUUUUUGGGAUUUCACAGGAUGGAAGAACAUUAAACAAAACCAUCGGUUAAACCAUCCUAAAAUAUUGACAACUCACUUAAUGCAUCAUAUGAAUCCAAAAGCAAAACUGAUUAUUAUAGUCAGAGAUCCAACCAAUAGAUUGUAUUCUGAUUACAUGUUCCUAAAACUUGGACAGACAAGAACAAGUAAAGGAUUCCAUGAUGCUGUUCACUUUUCUAUCACUUUUCUCAAGUAUUGUAUGAAAAAAAGAACACUGGAAUCUUGUCUGUAUGAUAGGAAACAUAUUGCCAUGUAUAAGGCAAGAAUACAUGUAGGAUUCUAUGCUGUCUACCUCAAGGAAUGGUUGAAAGUAUUCCCUAAAGAACAAAUCUUGGUACUUAAGACUGAAGAUUAUGCAGAAAAUAUAAAAGGAACAUUAAAACAGAUUUUCAAGUUCCUGCAACUAGAAGAACAAUCUGAAAUUGAUCUAGACAGAAUAGUCAAAAUAGAAAAAGCUCAUAAAACAACGCUCAAGAAAAAACAGGGACCAAUGCAUAAAAGAACAAAAGAUUUACUCAACAAGUUUUACAAGCCUUACAAUGAAGAUCUGGCACUUUUACUGAAUGACUCCAGAUUUAUGUGGGACGCCUGAUGAACAAGAACUGGACAAAUGACAGUGCAACACAUUUAUAAAGGCCACUCCUGAUUUAUGUUAACAAAUAAAAGUCCUUCCAUGAAGGGCGAAUA